AUGUGGACUGGCUGGUGGCUCUGGCCCCUGGUGGCCAUCUGCACUGCAGACCAGUUCCGGGACAAUGCGGUGAGACUCAUGCAGAGCACACCUGUCAUCGACGGGCACAAUGACCUUCCCUGGCAGCUGCUGAACAAGUUCAACAAUCAGCUUCAGGACCCGAGGGCCAACCUGACCAGCCUGAACGGCACGCACACCAACAUCCCCAAGCUGAAGGCUGGCUUUGUGGGGGCCCAGUUCUGGUCUGCGUACACGCCCUGCGACACCCAGAACAAGGAUUCCGUGAAGCGGACGCUGGAGCAGAUUGACGUCAUCCAGCGCAUGUGCCAGCUCUACCCCGAGACCUUCCUGUGUGUCACGGACAGCGCAGGCAUCCGGCAGGCCUUUCAGGAGGGGAAGGUGGCCAGUCUGGUUGGCGUGGAGGGCGGCCACUCCAUCGACAGCAGCCUGGGUGUCCUGCGGGCGCUCUACCACCUGGGCAUGCGCUACCUGACUCUCACCCACAGCUGCAACACGCCCUGGGCCGACAACUGGCUGGUGGACACAGGAGAGGAUGAAGCCCAGAGUCAAGGCCUCUCAUCCUUUGGGCAGAGCGUCGUGAAGGAGAUGAACCGGCUGGGCGUCAUCAUUGACUUGGCCCACGUAUCCGUGGCCACCAUGGAGGCCGCUCUGCAGCUGUCCAAGGCCCCGGUCGUCUUCAGCCACUCCUCGGCCUACAGCGUGUGCCAGCACCAUCGCAAUGUGCCUGACCACGUGCUGCAGCUGGUGAAGCAGACGGGCAGCCUGGUGAUGGUGAACUUCUACAAUGACUAUGUUUCCUGCAAAGCGGAGGCCAAUUUGUCCCAAGUGGCAGACCACCUGGACUACAUCAAGAAGGUUGCAGGAGCUGGAGCCGUGGGCUUUGGUGGGGACUACGAUGGCGUGUCCAGGCUCCCCUCCGGGCUGGAGGAUGUGUCCAAGUAUCCAGACCUGGUCGCUGAGCUGCUCAGGAGACAGUGGACGGAGGCGGAGGUCAGAGGUGCCCUGGCUGAAAACUUGCUGAGGGUCUUCGAGGCCGUGGAGCAGGUUAGUGAUCACAAGCAGGCUCCUGGAGAGGAGCCCAUCCCACUGGGCCAGCUGGAGGCUUCCUGCAGGACCAAGUACGGCUACUCAGCGGCCCCCAUCCUCCACCUCCAGCCAGGGGCCCUGCUGGCCUCCCUUGUGACCCUCCUCCUCAGCCUGUAUCUUCUCUGA